ACAUAUGUGGGAGAUCUAACAGAGGCACACCACAAAGAGCAGACAAAGAAACUUUUGAGCUGGACCUAUUUCCUAUUCUUGGAUUGUUUUCUCAAAUCAGGGUCUUCAUGUGUAUGGAUCACUUUGUCAAAACAUAGUGUGGAUGUUUGAUUGUGGAAUGUAAAUGUAACUGCUGUAGACAUGGAUACAUCAUUUACUGUGAGACCUUUUGUCUUUGCCCUUCUGCUCUCCCUUCAUCUGCACUUACACCUUUUUGUUUGGGCUGCUAUGGACUCCUGUUAUGAUGAGGAGGGUGUGCCAAGCAGCUGUAUGCCCAAGUUUGAGAAUAUUGCCUUCAGUCGCACGGUGGUGGCUUCCAAUGUGUGUGGUUCUCCACCUGAGGACUACUGCAUGCAGACGGGGUCAACUCGUUCAUGCCACAUCUGUGAUGCCUCAGAUCCAUACCUGAGCCACAAUACCAGCCUCCUGACAGACUUCCACCGGAAUGAGGAGUCCACGUGGUGGCAAAGUCAGUCCAUGUACUUUCGUAUCCAAUAUCCCAACUCCGUGAACCUCACCCUUCACCUCGGGAAAUCCUUUGAGAUAACCUACAUACGACUGAAAUUCUACACUAGUCGGCCAGAGAGCUUUGCCAUCUACAAGCGUACAGAAAACGAUGGGCCCUGGUUACCUUACCAGUAUUACAGCGCUUCUUGUCGAAAGACCUACGAGAGAGACGCUAAAGGUUACAUUCGCCCAGGGGAUGAUGAAAGGACUGCUUUAUGUACAGACGAGUUCAGCGAUAUCUCGCCCCUCACUGGAGGAAACGUGGCUUUCUCCACACUGGAAGGUCGGCCCAGUGCCUACAACUUUGACCAAAGCUUGGUGUUGCAGGAAUGGGUAACAGCCACUGACCUGCUCAUCUCUUUGGACAGGCUUAACACCUUUGGAGAUGAGUUUUUCAAGGACGCUAAAGUGCUGCGCUCGUACUUCUAUGCCAUCUCUGAUUUCUCUGUGGGUGGCAGAUGUAAGUGUAACGGCCAUGCCAGCGAGUGCAUUGAGCGAGAACAUGGUAACCUGGUCUGCGCCUGCCAGCAUCACACAGUGGGAGCCGACUGCCAGAGAUGUCACCCCUUUUACCAGGAUAGACCCUGGGCCAGGGCCACUGGGGACUCUGCCAAUGAGUGUUUGAAGUGUAACUGCAGUGGGAGAUCAGACCAAUGUGUGUUUGACAUGGAACAGUACCGGAGCACUGGCAGUGGGGGGCGAUGUGUGAGCUGCAGAGACAACACUGAUGGGCCCCACUGUGAGCGCUGCAGAGAUGGCUACUACCGGAAAUCUACAGAAGAUCCCUGCCUACCCUGCAACUGCAAUGUCAAAGGAUCUGUGAGUCUACAAUGUGAUGUAGAAGGAAGGUGUGCUUGUCGGGAAGGUGUGACAGGAGAGAAGUGUAACACAUGCCAGGCUGGCUUUCACUCGAUAGGCCCCGGUGGCUGCAGGCCAUGUGAAUGUGACCUCAGUGGCAGUGUGGGUGACUGCUCCCCUCUGGAUGGACGCUGUUACUGUAAGCAAAAUGUGGAGGGACAGAACUGCAACAGAUGCAAGCCAGGAUUUUUCAAUCUCCAGCAAGUAAACCCAGCAGGCUGCCAACCGUGCUUCUGCUUUGGCCACUCGCUGGCCUGCUCCUCGUCCAAUCACUAUGCUGCUGUCAACAUCACUUCUGACUUCGUUGAAGAUCAAGAAGGCUGGUUGGGAGAGUUUUCUGGAGGGCUGGACUACCCCCUGCUGUGGAAGGAAGGUGAAGUCUACCUGCUGCCUCUUACAGAAGAGGACACUGGCUUCUACAAAGCCCCCGUGAAAUUCCUGGGUCACAAAGUCUACAGCUAUGGCCAGCUUCUCUUCAUCACCUUUGCCUCUGAGACCCCCGAGCUGCUGCCCGACCACAUCGUCCUGGUCCUCGAGGGCUCUGGAAUCACUCUGUCUGCUGACCUUUCAUCCCAACCAGUGCUUGGUUAUCACCCUGGCCUCACACCACGGCACUCUUUCACCAUCAGGCUUGAUGAAAACGAGAAGAGAUUUAAACCUGCGCUUUCGGCCUUUGACUUCCAACUCCUCCUUUACAACCUGACGGCUCUCAAGAUCAGCAAUGCUGGGGGACACAACUACACAUCACAGCUCGCAGGAGUAACCAUGACCUCAGCAGUCGUCUCCGCUGACCCAGCCUUUCCUCCUGCUCUGUGGGUGGAAUCCUGUUCCUGUCCCCCGGGCUUUGCGGGCCAGUUUUGUGAACAGUGUGCCCCCGGAUUUACCCGGGAAGAGCCUGCUAGAGGGCCUCUCUCGGCAUGCGUUCCAUGCAACUGCCACCAGCAUGGAACGUGCCAUCCAGAGACAGGUGUAUGUGAAUGCUCGGACUUCACCACUGGGACGACCUGUGAGCGCUGCCUGGAUGGUUACUAUGGCAACUCUUUGAUUGGCACACCUGGUGAUUGUCAGCCUUGCCCUUGCCCAGGCCAGACCAGCUGUGUCCAAAUUGCAGAGACAGGACAGGUGGUCUGUACCAACUGCCCUGCAGGACAGACAGGAAUGCGCUGUCAGAGGUGUGAAGAUGGCUACUAUGGUGACCCCCUAGGGCUCUCAGGGGCAGCUCAGCCAUGUGUGAGAUGCAACUGCAAUGGUAAUGUGGACUUCAACGCGGUGGGAAUAUGUGACCACGUCACUGGGCGCUGUCUGAAGUGCCUGGGACACACGGAGGGAGAUCACUGUGAACGCUGCCAGCAGGGUUUUUACGGCAACGCCCUGGACCAGACAGUGGGCCAGAAGUGCAAGUCAUGCAGCUGCAGCUCUGCUGGAACAUCUGGGCAUGUAAAUGAAUGCCAUCCUCAGACAGGAAAUUGUCAUUGCCUCAGUCAUGUGACUGGACGGGAUUGCAGUUAUUGCGAAGUUGGCUUCUUCAACCUCCAACCGGGCAUUGGAUGUGAAAUAUGCAAAUGUAAUCCAAUUGGCUCAUCGUCACUGGCAUGCCAUCCAAUCACAGGGCAGUGUGUGUGUCGCACAGGAGUGGAGGGGAGACUGUGUGAUACUUGCCGUUUGGGCUUCUUUGGAUUCUCAUCACGAGGUUGCAGAGCCUGUAACUGUGACCCGAUGGGCUCCGUUUCUAUGCAGUGUCGCAGUAACGGCACCUGCCACUGCCGCCAGGGCUUUGUGGGUUACAAGUGUGACAAAUGUGAGUUAAACUAUUUCCACAACAGAGCCACACACCAGUGCGAGGAAUGCCCAGUUUGCUAUGGCCUUGUCAAGAAACAGGCGGAAAAGCUCAGGACUCGGCUGCAGGAUUUGGAAAAGCUCCUGGCUCACUUUGAUUGCAGAGGUAGAUACGGGAAGCGGCACCACCUGCUGAAGUAUCACAUGGCCAGGCUUUAUGAGCAUGAGCACCAAAGGGAGGAUACUCUGCCCAAUGCUCUGGAGGAUUUUCUGGCCUUCCAAGAGGCACGGGAGGCCUUAAUAAAACAAUUUUCCUUGCUGGAAGCUUCUACAGGCACACUUUUAGCCCAGCUGCAUGGCAUUACAUCUUCUUUGAACUGCAGCAUCAGCAUGACAGAGGAAGAGGGGAAGGAGAGGAGGAAGGAUGAAAGCAGCAGGGCUGUGUGUCAGACCUUCACAGACACUCUACACAUGAUCAGAGUGUCUCAGAAACAACUGAAGCAGGCAACACAAGACCUGGACAAUAUGCUCAUUCCUUUUGAGGCAGUGUCACGACCCAACAAAUGGAACAUUAUGGUCAAUGACUCACAGGUGCUAAUGAAAAGUCACAGGGAAACAGCGGACCACAUCGAGGCUAUAGCCGACAGGGCAGUAAGAGCCUCAAAGCAAACCUAUAGCUCACUGAUGGAUCUACUGCAGGACAACUCUACAGAGGAGUACAUCAGGAACCUAACGGAGCAAAUCACACAGAUGCAGCAGCAGAAGGAGAACCUGACGGUGCAGGUGAACGAUACUGUAGCCAAACAGCUGGCCCUGGAGGAAGAAGCUGCUGGUUUAAAGCUUGCCUUGGGUAACAUCACAUCAUCCUUACAUCAGCUGGCUCUGACAGAUGCCAGCCCAUAUCCGGAGGCUGAUCACACUCAGUUCAACCAAACCAAACAUCUAACCAACUUUACAACAGAGUGGGGUGAGACCCUGGUAAAACAGACAAAAGAACUGGACCAGCAAGUUCAGACUCAAGACGGUCUCAUUGCUAAGGUCAGAGAAGUGGUGGAGCCUUUACUACAGACAGUCAACAACAGCAUGGAAAGCGUGAACAACGUCAGCAAGCUGCUAACUCAAGCUCACGGAGCAAAAGUUGUGACUUUGUCAUCAGUUGUGACAGGCAAAGAGGUGGAAUCAGAAGCAAUCUCUCUUCACAGACAACUAGAACGCAUGGUUACACAGUGGCCCCGUCAACAAGCGCAGACCAAGGCUGCAAUCAAGAAGGCAAGACCCUUGGAGGAAAAGAUCCUGCCUGAUGUCAGGAAGAAAGUCGCAGAGACCGAGAAGAUGCUUAAACCAGCUCUGGAACACUCCAACAUCUCAAGUAGCACGGCAAAGGACGCCGAACAAAAAGCGCAUGCUGUGGUAAAGGAAUCCAAAACCAUUCUGACCCAGGCUAAGCAUACCAGGACUGCAUCUGCUCACCUUAGCUCUAAUAUAGACUCUGCCUUAGAGCAACUGUCAGUGCAGGAGUUGCUGACUGAUAGAGCUAACACCCAGAUUACCUCAGAGUCUGGGGUGUCUCUGGCCAGCGUAAAGGAAGAUAUGGAAGCAGCCAAGCUCCAGCUAGAGGCCUAUUCUGUUACACUAACUGAGCUAAUCAGCAAGAUUGAUGGGGAUGUGCCACUGGAGCAAUUUCACCGGAUCUUGAACGAGACAGCGCGCCGUCUGAGCAUGCUUCGCGGGAGUGUAGAGAGCCCAACGCUAGGCUCAAAGAUCCAGAAGCUGCAAUCGGCCGCUAAAGAGCAGCAGAGCCGUCUGUCCCUCAUUGAACAGGACAUACAGGAGAUCACGGAGGAGAGAGACAGUCUCAGAGACAUUGCCUUAAACCUGCCCCAGUCCUGCCCCAAGGCAACCGGAGCAGGCAAAGGAUAGAUGCUAUAGAUGACGAGCAUUACAUCAUUGAUAGCUGAACAUCAGAAAAGUCUGGGAUGAUAUUGUUAAGAGAAGGAGUUGCAGUGAUUUUGUGUUCAACUUCAGAAAAAGUCUUUUUAGAUUUUUCCUUUUUUGCCCCAAGGUGCAAUUCAUUUUACCUCCACAGCAGACCGACACACACACACACACACACACACACACACACACACACAACAGCCAAAAGCCCAAGACUUCUCCACUGCCUCCCAUGAUUUAUAACCAAUCUUCCUUCUCCUUCUUGUUUUUAUCGUUUUCUUUUUUUUUUUACUCAACUCUCUUUGAGUAACAACAUCCGAACUUCAAUUUCACCAUGAAUAAUAAGCAGCCAUUCUGAACUGCUGGAGUGCACUGUCAAGUUUAAAAUAAUGCUGAUUUUCCUUUGUGGGGCUAAAAGGUGUGUCUGAGUGCUCCUUCAGACUGACACAUUCAUUUACACUUGAGCUCUUUUUCAUCACCAUUGCUUAAUUAACAAUUAGUCCCCUUGGCCUCAGUGGAGUUCAGGUCAGGCUUCGACAGCACAGAACCUGUUUUCAGGAUUAUUACAGUGCCUCUCUCAGUUUUUGCAGUUUCUCAAUAUUUCUGUCUUUCUGUGCCUCUGUCAAAUGGACAAACUUUGCUUGGCUUGGAGUCGCGCUUCGUCACACUGCGUGGCUCCUGAUGACUAAAACAUAAAAGCAAAGGGUCUUUGCGCAAGUCUUACAACAGGGUUCCAGCAAGUUCAUUAGAAAACGUAAUAAUAGUUUUGCUGUUGGUCUUAAAACAUAGAUUAUACAUCAUGUUUUUUCAAGUUUUUUAGUAACAUCGCAAUUUUCAUGUCAUUUGCAGCGAUAAUCACCAAAUUACUGUUAACCAGUGUUGGUUAAUUUCAUUAACAAUUUCAGAUGUUUUCACAGCUUCAAGUGUCAUUUCAGAGUACAGACAAAAAUAAGAAAGAAAACUGUAAAUUGCACUGUCAUACUCGAGCCUGAGUCUAAACACACACUUUUACAGAUUGACUCAUGGAAGUGCUCAAUAAUGCCACUACUGGUACCAGCUGUAGCUGCACAUGACAUUUAUAAUUUAACAAAACAGUUGAGAACUGUGCUUUUAGUAUUUCAGAUUUUUUUUCUUUUUAUUUAACUACAAUAACUCGAGAUGAGAUUUAAAAUCUCUUUUGCAAGAGAGUCGCAGCCAAUGCUUGGGUCAUUACGCAUUACUUUACUUAAAAGAAAUGCACUAUGUUAGCUAAUUACUUGAUUGAGAAAGUACACUACUCAUUAUAGAGCUACUCUAUAAAAUAACCUGAAAUGCAUCGUCACAUAAUUACUCGUUAAAAAUAUAAGCCUGAGGCUACAGUCCCACACACCAAUAUAAAUCCCUAUUUGAAUACAGAAACACGAGCAAUCUUUCUUUUACUUUUUACAAUAUGAACACAAAACCAACAACGCAAAGCAAAGUUUAAAAUCCGACCAAAGAAACUUUAAAGUGAUGGCCAUAACGAUAGAAAUGAAAGAUAGAAACGUUGGCUACAAUGCUACAAGCCUGAGUUUGCUACCUUUUGAAGUGUCUGGCUGCGGGGCUGGGGCUGGCUCAGCUUUAACAUCACUCUGGGUUCUUCGCUAGCUUUGUGUUAGCUUGCUGUCUGUGCAGAUGGCUGCAAGGAGCCAAAGUUGUGUUUCUAUUCUGGACUCAGUUUGCGUUUCAUUAUCGCUUGUCCUUUCAUGCAGUAAAAACAACAGUUAUCUGCAAAAAUGAAGACUACACCAUUUUUCACCUCCCAGCACCAGAAACUGAAAUCAGCUGAUUGUAGCAUGUUGAUUUUUUCUUUUCCUUUCUAUCUGCCCGGCAGAAAACUGAAGAACCUAACAAGACAAUAGUAACUGUAAUGCAAUCACUGAAUCUUGCAUCAUGCAUAUAUUAGUGUGUUACUGAAAAAUAUAAUGAGAUUAAAGCAAUAAAGCUGUUAACAUCUUUUACAUACAAGUAUGAUAGCUAAGGUACAUAUGUAGAUUCUGUCUAAGAUAUCAUUAAAAACAGAUUCACUUUACUCUCAUUUGUGGCACGUAAAAAUAUCACUGUGUAAGGAUUAUUGUACUCCUUCAUAGUUGUAUACCCAGCUACAGGUUAUGGCCUGUUUACAGCCUGACUGUGACACAUAAUUUGGACAUUGAGGUCUUAAAAGAGUCCCAAAAGAUACAGGUUUGGAUUUUUUUAAAAUGGUGCAGGAACCCUGUGCAAGACUUGUAAAGCGAUGAUAAUGAUGAAGCGAAGAUAUUAUUUAAAAAUUACAUUGUUCUUUUUUUAUGGCUGCUCAGUCUAAUCUAAUCAAAAGUUAUACCUGUUUUUCAUGCAAGUGCCCCAGUCACAUGUCUGCUUGUAAUAAUUGUAACAAUGCCCGAGUGUAUAAGGCCUGAACCAUAAUGCAAUAAAAUAUACAUGAUA